CCCCUGCUGCAUGAGUGCCUAGUGAGGCUUUUCAGCGUCUUGGUAUUUUAACCCGAGCCUCGUUUGCUUACAAGCCUCUGAUUCAAAAAGCCUCGUAAACUACUACACACAAGAAAGCGCAGCGUUCCUCAUUUUUGACCCUUUUGCCUUUAAUCACUGAGUUUCUGUAUCACAAAGCACCAAACGUACACAGUACCUUGACAAGCAUUCAUCAUGUGCACGGAAUACUUUACGCACUUUUACUGCAUGUACUGCAGCGCAUGCUUCAAGAAGGGAUAUGAAUGGGAGAUUUGUCAGAUUGCUCAACAAACAGAGUCAAAGUCUAUGGGAGCGUGUGGAUACACGGAUGAUGGAGUUGUUGCGAGUGUAUCGGAAUAUUGUCAGCAGUGUCCGCCUGAUGAUAGGAAGUGGAACAAAGUUACACUUGACAGUGAAACGAAGAGACAGUUGGCCUGAGGAAUAGUCGGACUGUGUGCAGUAGAUGAGGAUUCAUUGUUUGCUUGAGUGGAUGGGGAAUGGGUUUGGCGACAACAGCAUGACGACUUCACAAUCACUGACGAAUAUCCUCCUCAACAAAGUCUUCUUACUGCAGUUUUUGAUGACUUCCAACCCUGGUACACUUCAUAUUCAUAUUCAUUAUUCACUGUCGCCAACCAUAACCUAUGGCUAUAAAUCUCCCCUGUCUUACGUUCCUCCUCCAACCAUUGACUGGAAAUUUCCAAACUUGUACUCUGUGUAUCUAUAUCCAAACUCACAAUCAAAUAAGACUCAUUCCCCUCA